AUGUUCGUCUGCUUGGAACGGACGGGGUGGGCAGAGAGAAGCUUGCAGCACACCACUGUCUGGCCCGCCUCUUUCUCUGGGAAUAGCAAUAGAGGAACUGGGGGUAGAGGAGAAAAAUACUGGGGGAGGCAUGUUGUUGUGUUCGAAAGACCAGAACCCGACGACGACAACUACGAUUCUCAGCUGAUGCUUUUGAAACCGACUUUACUUGCAGCUGCAACAGCUGCCAAUCAACAACAAAACUAUGACUUCCGAAAACGAUCGAAUACGCUUAUGUCAAAUCGAUCGGACAAACGAUGGCCGAAAAGAGACAUGGGACCACAAUUCGAAUUGAGAUGUUGUAUUGAUCCAGAGAUUCUACGAAUUAAUGUAGAUCGUCAGUACUAUUUUGAAGAUGAGACAGUCCGAGUAAAUGGAAGUGUAUUUCAUAAACGAUCAGAUUAUAACAAUUUGUUAUCAGUAAUACCAAGAUCUAAAUUCAAUGGAAUACAUAUCAAAAUGGAAGAUGAUUGUCCGCAGGGAGGUGAUGAUGUUCGUUUGUGUCUGUUGAAGUCACUUGGAGCACAUAAUCUCAGAGCAAUUCCAUGCGUUCAAUGCAAGGAUGAGCUAAAGGUAUACGACAAGUAUCCACUGAUUGACGGUGUCUUCUACAUCUCACCAGUUUCUCAAUUUGGACCAAAAACUGAAAUUUCAUUGGACGGACGUCGCUUCUACCUACAACAACUAUGUGCAAGAUGUCUCUGGUCUGAUUGGUCAUGUAAAAACUGUGGAAAAGAUGAAUGGUUUGAUGGAAAAUCAUUUGUUUUGGGAACUCUCUACUAUUAUGAUAUUGUAUCUUCCGGUCGCUGCUGUCCUGUUGUCUGUCAAUCUUGCAGGCAAUCUCUUGGAGUUCGUGAUCAAUUGGCAACUCAACUUGCUAAUGGAAAUUACGCUACCAUCAAUGAACAAAUGGCAUGCCAAUCGUGUGGAGUCUCAAAUUUUCAUCUAGUUCGUGAUAUCAAAACCUGCCACGUGGCACGUGGUCCCUCAUUCUGCGAAUAAUCACAUUUUGUUCCAGUUGUUCUACUGUAUCAAUUUCUCUCUCUCUCUCUCUUUCUCACUCACUCUCUACCUCUGAACCCAUCGAAAACUCUUAGAAUCUCUAUCUUCCUUUCUAGACAUCUCUAUGUAUGACUAUAAUUCUACCUCGUAUUUGGAGCGUUCGUUACUCAAUUUAAUUGAAUUGAAUUUCAUUGAUAUGCGACGAAAAUAUUAUGAGCAUAUGAUUUUAUGCACAACUUUAUUCCCCUCUGACUGCACUGCCAGGAAAAGGUCGUGGCUUAGAAAAUGUCUCGUUUCCUAAGCCAUGCGAAUUUCUGAUAGUACAGUAGACCCAACUAUGCAAUGUUCUACCUCAGCGGCUUCAAUGGACCGCAAACCCAUUCUUUCUUUUUU